AUGGCUUUGCUGAGAAGUCUUUUGGGUGCAAAGAAGAUUCUUGGCCGAUCCAUAACGGCAACAGCUUCUACAAGCAAAAGAGAAGCCUCGAUGGCACCACCUAAAGGGUUUCUUGCGGUGUACGUAGGAGAGAGCCAGAAGAGAAAAUAUAUAGUGCCAGUCUCAUACUUGAGCCAGCCUUCAUUUCAAGCUCUUCUCACUAAAUCCGAGGAAGAGUUUGGUUUUGAUCAUCCAAUGGGUGGCUUAACCAUCCCUUGUCCUGAGGAUAUUUUCAUCAAUGUGACUUCUCGGCUUCAACGAUGAUUAUCCACCGCUUUGUUCUUAGAAUUAGAGUUAGACUUAUUCAUUGUAAAUUUGAGGAGCUUUUUUCUGCUUGAAAUAGUUGUUUAGAGAGUGAAUACCAUUGUUUAUACAAGAGACCUGAACAUGUCAAUACAUUUUCGAUCGAUUGUUAAAAAAAAGAGCUCAACGAUUCACGUAUAUUAAAUCGGGAUUGA